AUGUUUGACAAAGCUCUCAGGAUGGACGUUAGGACAAGCUCCAACUCAGAGGAGAGCAGCAGGCUGUCCAAGCCUGGACUCAAGGAGGGCAAGGAGGCAAGGGACCCCCAGGGGAAUAUUUCCAGUACUUACCUGAAGGAGCAGCAAAGCGGGUACACAGCUCCAGCCUCCUCUGAGGGGUGUCCCAAAAGUAAGGGAGCCCCAGCAGACCCAGACUACUGCCGAAGGAUCCUUGUAAGAGAUGCCAAAGGGUCAAUCCGGGAAAUCAUCCUACCGAAAGGUUUGGAUCUGGACCGACCCAAAAGGACCAGGACCUCUUUCACAGCAGAGCAGCUGUACAGGUUGGAGAUGGAGUUCCAGAGAUGUCAGUAUGUGGUGGGGAGAGAGAGGACAGAACUGGCCAGGCAGCUCAAUCUAUCAGAGACUCAGGUUAAGGUUUGGUUCCAAAACAGGAGGACUAAGCAGAAGAAGGACCAAGGGAAGGACUCGGAGCUGCGCUCUGUGGUCUCUGAGACGGCGGCCACCUGCAGCGUUCUCAGACUCCUUGAACAAGGUCGUCUCCUGUCCCCACCUGGUCUUCCAGGACUUCUGCCCUCCUGUGCAGCCGGUGCCCUGCGUGCCCCCAGCAGCUCAGGUCCCGGAACGCCAUCCCUACCAGCAGUAACCAGCACCCCCUCUCACCAGUCUGGACUUCAUGCUUCCCCCAGCGGGCACAGCAUAUUCAGCAUGCCUGUGCCAUCUCUCCUAGGCACAGUGGCAAACAGGCUAUCUGCCAACCCUCUGACCAUGGCUGGAAACCUGCAGGAACUGUCUGCCCGGUACCUGAGCUCCUCAGCCUUUGAACCUUACUCCAGGAGCAGUAAAGAUGGGCUGGACAAGAAAACUUUGGACUGA